UCAUUCAACACUAUAAAUAGGUAGACAAUACAGCAUAGCUUUCCAGAAUCAGAAUCAAAAUUUCUCGUAAAUAUUAUUUUAAAUAAGAUGGAAGUAUAUGAUCCCGAGAAAGACUUUCCAGAGGCGUGGAAACUAUUGCAGCCAUUUAUGCUCAGCGACGAUACUCUGGUAACCAUCCGAAACUCAAUGACACGCGAGCUACAGCACGGUCUGCUCAGGGACAUGCACGCACGAUCCUCAAUACCCUGUUUACUGAGUUACGUACAGGAUUUGCCGACUGGACACGAACGAGGGCGUUUCCUUUCCCUGGAGAUGUGGCCCACCAACUGCCGCAUUAUGCUGGUCAAGUUUAGCAGCGAGAAGGACAUCUACAUGAGCUCCAGGUGCGUCAUUGUGCCCCAUACGGUAGCCGCGUCGCGGGGAACUGCGCUCUUUAACUUUCUGGCGCAUAACAUAGCGGUAUUUGUGAGAGAUAAAAAGGUUGAGAAGGAUAAUCUUCCAAUGGGGAUUGCGUUCGCUUUUGAGCUCAACAAGCUAUCCCUCGAUGUGGGUAUUUUGCUUAGAUGGACCAAGGGCUAUGGCGCUCAAGGCGCGGUGGGCAAAAACAUCGUGGAGCUGCUGCAGAACGCGUUGGAUGAGUACAAGGAUAUACGCAUCAAUUUGAAUUCAGUUGUCAACAUCUCCGCCGGCACACUGAUGGCGCUUGCCUGGUCGUAUCCCAACUGUAAAAUCGGCCUGAUCGUUGGCACAUCCACAAAUGCCGCCUAUGUGGAGCAGACCGAUGAGUGCCAAAUGUAUGAGGGGAGUACGAAACAGCCGUUGAUGAUCAUCAACACAGAGUGGAGAAACUUUGGAGCUAAUGGCCACUUGGACUUCAUACGCAAUGAGUUCGACAAAUUAGUUGACUCUGUGUCCAGCGAGCCGGGCAAGAAGUUGUAUGAGAAGUGCAUCAGCACGUUGUACAUGGGCGAGCUUGUGCGCCUCAUAGUCGUGCGUCUAGUGAAAAUGGGAGCCAUUUUCAAGGGUGCGAGCAUGGACUACUUCGAUAUUCAAUGGAAAAUGGAAAUGAAAUCGAUUAUGGCUAUCGAAUCGGAUCCACCUAAUGUUUAUACAAGUGCGCAGGAAGUCAUGGAAAAGUUUCGUAUCCGAAAUUGCAGCGAACGUGACUUGGCUAUGCUUCGGUUCAUAUGUCGGAUAGUCACCCUCCGGUCCGCCCAGUUGGUAGCUGCCGGUGUAGCCUGCCUGAUCAAUCGAAUGAACUACCCCAACAUUUCGAUUGCUGUCGAUGGAGGUGUAUACCGCUUGUUUCCCGCUUACCAGAUACAUCUCAACAAGUAUACCUUAAUGCUUACCAACCGAAACAACAAGUUUAAGUAUGUCAUUUCAGAAGACAGCCCCGGGGUGGGUGCUGCUAUCGUAGCUGGUCUAGCAUCGAAAGUAAAAAUCACUGAAAAUAUUGAUUAAAUUUUGAAUAAAUUAUCAAAUGCUUUUAACAUGCACAAAUAUACUUGAUAUUU